GAGGCACGAGAAGAAGUAAUUCCCAAUAUGAACACCUUGCAAAAGUUGCCAAGUAAAGUCUACAGGGGGGGUCGUCUUGCCAAUUUCGAGGAAGGGAUUGUUUUGGUGGUCUUGGUCAAAAAGUUCAGAAUCAAAAGAAGUACGAUUGCCUCGUCUAAGAAACGCCAUCCACCACCACAAGAUUUGCGCGUCUCCUUUGGGGCAAGAGAAGAAGUAAAGCUCUAUUUAAAGUCCCCAGUGCUUGUACUUGUGCUUGAAGAGGAGAAACGCCAAUCACCACAAAUCACUGAGAGAUCGGUUUUGUUCCGAGAUAUAUCUGGUUUUGACAGCUCCGGGCUAAGGCGUGAAGGUGAUAUCCUUGGAUUGCACUGCCUUUCGGGACUCGGACACAACUUGAUCUGCUUCAAGGCAACUUGUUCUCAAACACUGAAACCCAUCGCAGUAAUUUCAUCUCUGCAUCGCUCCUCGAGAACAAUUCGAGACUAUCGUCUACUGAUUAGUCCUCACUCGCUUUCUCUGUUCUUUGCCCUCUUGAAAGUUCUCGCCCAGGCCUGUUCAGGGUCUCCUCUCCCCGAUCUCACGCCUCUCUUCACAUCUCAGCUCGUGUAAGGUAAUCGCUUUUCCAUCUCUUAUUAGCGUGUCGUUUCUAUGUAGAUUCUUUCGCUUUGGUUAUUGGAAAAAUCGGCUGAACUAAGUGUGUUUCUGGGGCCCUUUUUGUCUAUUGGGGAUGUGGGGGUGGCUGCUGAAUAUACCAGAGGAGGGUGUUCUAUUCUCUCCUUUGGAGUCAGCUAUUGUUACCGGUUAACGAGGUAUGUCCCCGGCUCAGAUUUGACUUCGAUGAAAAAUAGGAAAGCCUUUGUUUUCGACUUUAGGUGUGGCUAAUCCUAUGAUGGCCUUCGCUGUUUGAUUGUUAGUUGCAUUGUAAUUCGGUAUUGAUCUUUUGUUGAACUCGAAUGAGUAGGUCUGCAAGCGAGCUAGACUCUCGUGCGCGAAAUUGCCAAAUUUCGCUUGAAUCCGGAGACCAUUUCUUUUAUGCGUUGUGAGGUUUCUCUAUGUUUGAAGGUCCUAGUUCAAUUUAUAGAAAAAUAAAUCAGAAAAAUAAAAGUAGGCUGGUUCCAGGGUCAAUUAGUUUGGUUCUCGUUUACAAAAAUGGAGAACUGAUUAUUACAUAAUAAGUUCCUGAUUCUUUAGGUUAUAGCCUACUCAUCUCGAAACCGAUUAUCCUAAGAGUAAGUCUUCUCUUAAGGAGAUUUCAUUUGACAAUUUUUCCUCCCUAUAUAACAUUUCAAAUGAGUAAUAUUCUGUUUUCCUCGAAUUGUUGGACCAUUAAUCCUAGAAAGUAUAUUCCCUUUCACCUCUAACUCAUUUUCUCCUUUCAAAGAUUUAAAAUUGACCGUGUCUUUACUUGAAAAAAAAAAAGAAAAAUAAAUGAGGAAUAAAAAAAGUACGGUGAAUAUUUGAGCAAUUUAACUAUAUUGCUACUUUUUACCUGCUCUCAACUCAUGAUAGUUUCAAUCAUCACAAUAUAAAACAUACCACAAUCCAUAGUAUGAUACUUCUUAAGACUUUUUACAUGAUAUCCAAUAGCAAGCAAAAAACCCUAGUUGAUCUUAUGACACACACAUGAAAACAAUCAAAUAAAUCAAUCCAUACGCGCAUAUUAGGAGAUUCACCUAGCUUUAUAUCACUCAUUUCUUACACCUCUUUUGUUACGAACAAUAAAUUCGUUCUUCAAAAUGUGAUUAAUCAAUUUAACCUGACUUAUCACAAAUUUAGCCGAUAAUCCUAUUCUACUUCCAUUUAAUUGGAUAAAAAAUCUUUGUGGUGAUAUUCUCAAGCACUCAACGCCAUUGUUUCAAACCUUGGUGGUCUCUGAAUUUUCCUCAGCAGCUUCCUUCUACUUCCUUUCUUCUCUUCUUCUCCUUCUUCCAUCGAAUCGAUACCUAAUUUUUAAUCAUUCAGACUAACAUGGAGAAAGGGCAAAAUCAGAGCAAGGCAAACAAAGAGAUGCACCGUUUCAUUUCAGGUCGUUCCUCUGCGGUUCUUCUUGCGUCUCUGCGCUCGCAUUCAAUAAUCUCAAUAAGAAGAAAAAGAGUGCAUAAAAAGAGAGCACUCCGUUUGAUGCCA